AUGAGGUUCGGAAGAGUGAGGCCGAGGCCCCGUUUUGGCAACGGCGAACGCCAGAAGGAAUACCGUGAAAAGAAGCGUUAUUUAGCUAACGUGAUACGGGUAUCUUUGAUCGCUGGAUGCGUGGUUUCCGUAAUUGCUUGGUCGUCGUUAUCGGCGAGAAAUUUUGACGAAGGCGGUUCAUACGCAGACUCGCACUUUUCGUCUCGAAGCUUGCUCCAGUCGACCGAUGCGGGCACGACGUCAUUUUCAAAUGUAUCAACCGAAUCACCGCCGUCAUCGUCAUCCUCAUCUCAUGUAUCAUGGGAAAGUUGCGACUACGAAUCAGCACACUAUGCCUAUUUGUGGGUCAUAUUGUACUUAAUAAUAGUUCUUAUCAUCUUUGUAGCUCUAGCAAUUAUCUGUGAUGACUUCUUCGUGCCAUCGUUGGAGGUUAUCUCGGAAAAAUUGGAACUUUCAGAGGAUGUUGCCGGGGCAACGUUCAUGGCAGCUGGAUCUUCAGCUCCCGAAUUGUUUACAUCAGUCGCUGGUGUCGUCCAAGAGACGGAUCUCGGUAUCGGUACCAUUGUAGGGUCAGCUGUUUUUAACAUUUUGAUCAUAAUUGCUUUGUCUGCUGCCCUCGCAGGUCAGAUAUUGCAUUUAGACUGGCGUCCAUUGAUGCGGGAUAGUUUAUUCUACGGUAUUUCAAUUUGCUGUUUUAUUACAUUUUCCUGGGAUGCACACUUUGAACUAUGGGAGUCCAUAGUGUUGCUGGUGCUCUACGUCUUAUAUAUUGUAAUCAUGAAGUUCAACCACCAUUUUAUGAAUCUCAUGGAUAAGUGUGCUUGUGAGUGCUGUAGUCGGCAAGUUGUGCCCAUAGAUGCCGAGACUGGAGUGGAAGGAGAAACUGAUACCACUAAUCUUCCUGAUGAAGAGACUCCAGUGAAAAGAUUUGACAAUGAAAACAACAUUGCAAAUGAUAAAGAUUCGCUGCCACCUCUGAAGAAGGAUCGUAGGAUGUCAACAAUGUCGACGGGCAGUACGAGCGAAAAACAUAUCUUUCAUCAUGUUAAACAUGGCGAACUCUCAGGAAAGAUUGCCAACAAGAGACCAUCAAUUGCCAUCCAACCAUCUGCCUUGGAACUGAAUAAUCUGGUGAAGGAGGCUGAAUCCGCUACUGCACGAAAUAACAUUCCAGAAGAAGUUGAGAAGGACUCUCAGGAAGCAACUGUACAAGCCGAAGAAGAGGAAGUGCAGCUUGUAGUUUGUCCAUGCUUGCCUGCCCUCAAUAUGAAUUAUCCCGACAAGGAAUUAGCACGUCAAAGCGGUUGCUGUGGAUGGUUCAAAUACUUCUUUAAGUGGAUCCUCUUUAUCGUCAGUUUCCCGUUCGUGUGUCUGUUUACCUGGACUAUCCCCAACUGUGGCAAACCACAUCUCAAGAAAUGGUUUUUACUUUCAUUUACUAUUUCCGUGGUUUGGAUUAUGGUUCUCAGCUUCGUUAUGGUGACUAUUGUACAGAAAACUGGAUGUUUACUCAAUAUUAAUGCCUAUGCGAUGGGUCUUGUCAUUGUAGCCAUGGGAACUAGCAUACCGGAUGCACUUAGUUCUAUUCUAGUUGCUCGUGACGGUUACGGUGAUAUGGCAGUGUCCAAUGCAAUUGGCUCAAACGUGUUUGAUAUCAACCUGGGACUCGGGCUUCCAUUCGUCAUUCGUAUAGCCAUCGAUAAAGGAAAGUCUAUUUACCUUUUCAAGAAUGAUGAAGGGUUAACCACUGCUUACGAAAAUGGAGAUAUGCUGAUGACUCCGCACUCGAAAUUUGGUUUUAUACUUCUGCUGAUAUUAGUGAUCACCCAGAUUACAUUUAUUGCUGUCCGAUUUCGAUUGAACAAAUACAUUGGAAUAGUGUUUGUGUCAAUGUACGUCCUGUUCCUCGUCUACGCAUUCAUCCAAGAAUUUCUCUGUGACGGUUACAAGUGCUAGUGUUGAAACAUUUUCGAAACUUGAUAUUUACAGACGUGCAAGUAAUAAACUAAUGAUAUACGCAAAACUCUUUUUUUCAUUUGAUAUUUUGAUUUAUUUUCUCUCUCACCUUGCGCUUUGAAGACAGGGUAAUCAUAUGUUGAUAUAUUUUGUUUGUCACUAUGAAGACAUGGAACAUUAGGCAUGUUAUGUGCUAAAGUUACCAUGAAUGUUUCUGAUUGGUCCCUUCAAAAACAGUGGAAUUCUCUGCCUUGGAUGUGGUCGUCAAGACAGAGGAAGAGGAAUUUUGCCAGUCACACAGUGUCGUGUUUUUUUUUUCUACGCGUAGAUAUGGAAUCUAUUUACUUUACAACGAUC